CAAGGUGCUUAAGAUUAGGGAAAAUAUAGGAGGAGAGAUGUGGUUCGGUACUUGUCAUCAAUCUGCUCUAACAACCACAUAGACAAUCCCCUGUGAUUAAUGACAAAAUGAAUGAAACUGUUGAGUGAGUGCACAGAUAGUACAAUAUGUAUUGAGUGGGCAAAUGUGAAGGGAAAGGAAAAAACGCAAAACGUCAUACCGUCUGUACAAGGAUUUUCCUCUAGCAGUUGCAUUGCAGUAAAAUUGCCUGGAUGAAGAUGCAUUCUACCGAGAGAAUUCCACUAUUUGGUCCCUAUCCUAGUCUACUAAAGAAAAUUGAGCGGGAAACAUGGAGGGAAAGUGGCGUUUCAUUAAUUGCCACUGUAACUCGUCUGAUGGAGAGGUUGUUAGAUUACAGGGACUGCAUGAAAAUGGGAGAGGUAGAUGGCAAAAAGAUUGGCUGCACAGUUAGCCUUCUGAACUUCUAUAAGACUGAACUAAACAAGGAAGAGAUGUAUAUACGCUACAUCCACAAACUCUAUGAUCUGCAUCUCAAAGCGCAAAACUUCACAGAGGCUGCAUAUACUCUCCUGUUAUACGAUGAGCUGUUGGAAUGGUCCGAUCGGCCCCUCCGGGAGUUCCUGACCUACCCUAUGCAGACAGAAUGGCAGCGCAAGGAGCACCUGCACCUGGCUAUCAUCCAAAAUUUUGACCGAGGCAAAUGUUGGGAGAACGGCAUCAUCUUGUGCCGGAAGAUUGCAGAGCAGUAUGAGAGUUAUUAUGACUACAGAAACCUGAGCAAGAUGAGGAUGAUGGAAGCCUCUUUGUAUGACAAAAUUAUGGACCAGCAACGUCUUGAACCAGAGUUCUUCAGAGUUGGCUUUUAUGGGAAAAAAUUUCCAUUUUUCUUAAGAAAUAAGGAGUUUGUGUGUCGAGGGCAUGACUACGAAAGGCUGGAGGCCUUCCAACAGAGAAUGCUGAACGAGUUCCCCCACGCCAUCGCUAUGCAGCAUGCCAACCAGCCCGACGAGACCAUCUUCCAGGCGGAAGCUCAGUAUUUGCAGAUCUAUGCCGUGACUCCCAUCCCGGAGAGCCAGGAGGUCCUGCAGAGAGAGGGUGUUCCGGACAACAUCAAAAGUUUCUAUAAAGUGAAUCAUAUCUGGAAAUUCCGCUAUGACAGACCAUUUCACAAAGGGACUAAAGAUAAAGAAAAUGAAUUCAAGAGUCUCUGGGUGGAGAGAACAUCAUUAUACUUGGUGCAGAGUUUACCUGGAAUUUCCCGCUGGUUUGAAGUGGAAAAGCGUGAAGUGGUAGAAAUGAGUCCUCUGGAAAAUGCAAUUGAAGUGUUGGAAAAUAAGAAUCAGCAGCUGAAGACUCUGAUUAGUCAGUGUCAGACAAGACAGAUGCAGAAUAUUAAUCCCUUGACUAUGUGCCUGAAUGGAGUUAUAGAUGCUGCGGUUAAUGGUGGAGUUUCCAGGUAUCAAGAGGCAUUUUUUGUCAAAGAAUAUAUCUUAAGUCACCCUGAAGAUGGAGAGAAAAUUGCACGGUUAAGAGAGCUAAUGCUUGAGCAGGCACAGAUUUUGGAAUUUGGUUUGGCCGUGCACGAGAAGUUUGUGCCUCAAGAUAUGAGACCCCUACACAAAAAGCUGGUCGACCAGUUCUUUGUGAUGAAGUCAAGUUUAGGGAUACAGGAGUUCUCUGCUUGUAUACAAGCCAGUCCAGUCCAUUUUCCUAAUGGAAGCCCCCGCGUGUGUAGAAACUCAGCACCUGCUUCUAUGAGCCCAGAUGGUACCAGGGUAAUUCCUAGACGCAGCCCAUUAAGUUACCCAGCUGUCAACCGAUAUUCUUCCUCCUCACUGUCCUCACAAGCUUCUGCUGAAGUAAGCAAUAUUACAGGGCAAUCAGAAAGCUCUGAUGAAGUCUUUAACAUGCAGCCAAGUCCAUCUACCUCAAGCUUGAGUUCGACUCACUCUGCUUCACCUAAUGUGACAAGUUCUGCCCCAUCAAGUGCCAGAGCUUCCCCUUUGUUGUCUGACAAACACAAACAUUCCAGAGAAAACUCUUGCCUGUCCCCGAGAGAGAGACCAUGCAGUGCCAUCUACCCAACACCUGUGGAACCUUCUCAGAGGCUGCUGUUUAAUCAUAUUGGAGAAGGGGCCUUGCCACGCAGUGACCCAAAUCUUUCCGCACCUGAGAAAGCUGUGAAUCCCACCCCUAGCAGCUGGAGCCUGGACAGUGGGAAAGAAGCCAAGAACAUGUCGGAUAGUGGGAAAAUUAUCUCUCCCCCUGUCCCUCCAAGACCCACACAAACUGCUUCACCAGCAAGACAUACAACGUCCGUGUCCCCCUCACCUGCUGGGAGAUCUCCGUUGAAGCAGGGCUCCGUGCAGUCUUUCACCCCCUCUCCGGUGGAGUACCACUCCCCAGGACUGAUCUCCAACUCGCCCGUCCUGUCAGGCAGCUACAGCAGUGGGAUUUCUUCUCUCAGCCGGUGUAGCACCUCGGAAACCUCAGGCUUCGAAAAUCAGGUGAACGAACAGUCGGCGCCAGCGCCGGGGCCGAGGCCGAGCUACAGCGGGCCGGACGAGCCGGGGCGCAAGGAGAGCAAAACGCCGCCGCCCUACAGCGUGUACGAGCGGACUCUGCGGCGGCCCGUCCCGCUACCUCACAGCCUCUCCAUCCCGGUCACGGCCGAGCCGCCCGCGCUGCCCCCCAAGCCGCUGGCGGCGCGGCCCGGCCACCUGGAGAACGGGACCCGGAGGACUGAGCCCGGCCCGCGGCCCAGGCCCCUGCCCCGCAAGGUCUCGCAGUUAUGAGUCCUUUUGCAGGUCCCCGGCGACGACGAGUCCCGGCCGUUUACAAGAGGAUAGGCAGGCAGUAUGACGAGGAGACGUUUAGUGUAGGCACUUUAAUAACUUACUCAGAUUUGUCUUUCAAUGAAUGGAAUUAAAACUUGCUUAUUAAUAUGUUGCACAAUAUUAAGUUACUGAUCUCAAGCGCCAGACGUUACAUGAAGUAUGGCUGACUUUCCUUACAAUGUCUCUUCGUUUGAAAGUGGUAAAUAGUGUUAAAGACUUCUUUUGUAUCUUUUUACGUUCACCUUUUUUAUAUAGUUUCAUCUUAAAACCAAUAGGAUAUUGUCGAACAAUAUGGCGCGUGAUGUUGUUGUAUACUUUUUACUGAAUACUUGAUACUCCGAGAAAGCUUACUAAGUCAAUGCACAGCCUAACACAAUGGUCCUUACUUUAGAAGACUUCUGUAAAUAAGGGGAGAUUUCUGGCUCUUUCCGUGAACAGACUGAUCAGUGCACAUCAGCAGAAUUACAAGUUAAAGCAGGCUACUUAGACAAUAUACUUAAGGGGUUGCAAGGAGUAGGACUGCAAGUUAUUUUGUUCUUGAAACAAAAUAAUUCUUUAAGGUUGCUUUUGACAUUUGACCACUGUCUACUUUCUUAAAACUCUACUUUGUGAAUCGGUUGGUAAAUCCUUUAGUACCCUGACGUCAUGGUAUCUACUGUAUUUCUUUUCAAGGUGCAAUUUACUUUCAGAGUUCCAGUCGGCUAGACUAAGCAAAAGACCCCGGGAGAAAUGUUUACUUGAAUCUUGUGCUUCCGUACUUGAUAGUUUCCUCUGCAGCAUUUGUCAUUGAAGAAGAGCAGAUGUUCACGUGUUAAAUAGGCACAAAUUAAUGUGUCCCAUUAACAAGAAUUCAGGAAUCAAUACAGGACAGUAUUAAAUCAAUAGCGUAAAUGAAGAAAAAAAACCUUAGAGAAAAUAUAUUAGCAUGAUUAAAUGGCAAAAGGACUUUCAAAAGGUAAGGGCAUUAACUUUCAAUCCUGCACCAAAUAGAAAAUUCUUCACAACUCUCCAAGCUCCUACCAGAGCUUGGCUUCUUAGCUGAUCCUGUUUUUUGAAGGGUAAGAUGGCCGUAGACCCCUCUGGCUUGAGUAUUGCUACGCAGCAUCUCAGAUCUAGAGAGGGAUGCUAAUGCCCCAGUUGCGGAAGAGGGGAAAAAAAGCACCUUGUAUGUAGUAAUGUAUUUUGUAUCUUUGUUUUUUUCUUUUACUGACUGUUUAUAACACUCAAUUGACAAUAAAUAUGAACUGUAUUUUAAAUCAUACUGUUAAAUAUUUUCCCUCUUUUGUUGGGAAGCUCAUUUUAGUUUAACCUUAAGUGUUUGUUUUUGUUGAUAGCUUACCUGGAAGGCAGUGACCACUUUUUAUAUUCUCUUAAUGAAACCAUUCAGCAGGUAUACGCUGUUGAGGCUGGUUACAGAGGUUUUCUAUAAUAAAUGUUCAAGUAUUUUUGUACAUAACUGGUUAAUUUUAAUAAGAGAUACCAUUAUGUGUAAAAAAAAAAAGUAAGAAUAAAAGCAAACAGUUGUGGAUGCAGUAUGAUUGUUAUAAUUAUGCCAAAUACUUUAUGUAUGGAAAAAGAAUAUUUGUACAUAUGUGCUUUUAACAAUAAUUCUGCCAUAUUGACUUUACAAUUUUGAAUGUCAGAAAAAUUAAUAUAUGUUAAAAUAUUUAUGUUUAGUGGAAGUAUUCAUUAUUGAGAAAAGGAACAUAUGAAUUUUAGCUUUGUAUCUUACAAGUUUUGCAGCCGGAAAUUUCUGGAACUAGCUUCUGCUUUUGAUGAUAACACUUUGUGUUUGUAAUCACAUUCUUAAAAAUAUACACACACACACAUAGGAAGCUCCAUAUUCCUGUUGCUUUAAAGAAGUAAAGCCUUCCAUUUAAAUAAGUUGACAUGCAUAAGGUAACAAAGCUUCUUUGAUUUCCUUUUCCUUUGUAAUUUAAUAGAUUGUUGACUAGUGCUUGGGCACUGUAUAAAUCAGUGUUAUUUGCUCUUGACGCCAUUUUUUUAAAAAAGUUUUUUGGCAAUGAAGAGUUCAAUUUAUCAUGUGUGUGUAUUUCUGAAGCAGCUAUAUAGAACAUUUCAAAAGAUUCUGUUUUAGCUCAGAUGUUCAUGUUGGUUGCUGCUGAAUGGUAAAUAUUUAAUAAAAUUACCUGAUUAAUCUUAA